AUGGUGUGAGUGGGAGGAGAGAUGAGGGGGCAGCAGAGGGUAAAAAUCAGAGGGUAAAAAUGAACGAAAGAGGCUUAACCAGGCUUGUUCCGGUGACAAAAGACUUAGAGAAUGACAGGUGCUAAUUGUGAGCGCAGGGAAGGAAAAAGACAGACGAGGAAAUCUAGAGAAUUUACAGAAUAAAGUUCAAGAAAUCCUAAAAUAAAUUGAUUGGGGGGAAGAAACUGGGAAGUAGAUUUGGAUCGCUUAAAGGAAGGUUUGCUCAAAAUGGCUCGCAUCAGGCGCUACUCAGACGUGAUGACUCUGCCGGACUCUUUCAUCCAACGCCAGCAGCUGGACGCCAGCAUGGCUGACACCUUCCUGGAGCACCUAUGUCUGCUGGACAUCAACCAGGAGCCAAUCACAGCGCGCAACACCAGCAUAAUCUGCACCAUUGGUCCUGCAUCCCAAUCAAUCCCCAAACUCCAGGAGAUGGUCAAAGCAGGAAUGAAUAUUGCUCGUCUGAAUUUCUCUCAUGGCUCACAUAAAUACCACGGUGAAACCAUUAAGAACAUCAGAGAGGCAGUGGAGACGAUUACCUCCGACCCCUUGUAUUACCGGCCGGUUGCCAUCGCCUUGGAUACGAAGGGUCCAGAGAUCCGCACCGGCUUAGUCAAAGGGAACGUGGAGCUGAAAAAGGGCAGCCAUGUUCGUAUUGUGACAGCGGAGAGCGACAAAGACAAAACAGAUGGAAAGAUUAUAUGGGUGGACUAUCCCAGCCUGCCCAAAGUCCUCAAGGAGGGAGGAAAGAUGUACAUUGACGAUGGCCUAAUUGGACUCAAAGUCACAGAAAUAGGCUCUGACUGGUUGGACACGGUGGUGGAGGCUGGCGGGGUGCUCUGCAGUUGCAAAGGCGUCAACCUCCCCGGCUGCGACCUGAUCGGCCUGCAGGCGGUCAGCGAGCGAGACGAGGCUGACCUGAGGUUCGGGGUGGCCCAGGGCAUCGACAUGGUGUUUGCCAGUUUCGUCCGCUCGGCCAAGGAUGUCAGGGAUGUACGGCGGGUUCUGGGGGCACACGGACGAGAAAUCAAAGUGAUCAGCAAGGUGGAGAGCCGGCAGGGAGUUCAGAAUUUUGAGGAGAUCCUGGCCGAAAGCGAUGGCGUGAUGGUUGCCAGGGGCGACCUGGGGAUCGAGAUCCCAGCGGAGAAAGUCUUCAUCGCUCAGAAGAUGAUGAUUGGGCGCUGCAACUCUGCCGGCAAGCCCGUCAUCUGUGCCACACAGAUGCUGGAAAGCAUGGUGGCCCAUCCACGGCCAACUAGAGCAGAGGGCAGUGACGUCGCCAAUGCCGUGCUGGAUGGAGCCGACUGUGUAAUGUUGUCUGGGGAGACUGCCAAGGGACUGUUUCCUGUGGAGGCAGUCGCAAUGAUGCACUCGAUCUGCAGGGAGGCAGAGGCAGCCAUUUUCCACCAGCAGCUAUUCGAGGAGUUGCGUCGCCUCACUCCUCUCUCCUCUGAUCCCACAGAGGUCACAGCCAUCGGAGCUGUAGAGUCCUCUUUCAAAUGCUGUGCUGGGGCCAUCAUAGUCCUCACCACUGGUGGCAGAUCGGCACAUCUGCUUUCCAGGUACCGCCCUCGCUGUCCAAUCAUUGCAGUCACAAGAAAUCCUAAGGUGGCCCGUCAGUCCCAGCUGUUAAGAGGAGUGUUUCCUGUCCUCUUCCACCCUCUGCCUGCUCCUGUCUGGGCAGACGAUGUAGACAACAGGGUCAACUUUGGCAUGGACAUAGGGAAAGCAAGAGGGUUCUUCAAAUCGGGUGACAUGGUGAUUGUGGUGACAGGCUGGAUCCCAGGGUCCAAUCACACCAACAUUAUGAGGGCAGUCAGUGUCCCGUAACAACCUGACCUGACCUGGACUCUCAAUCUGACUGACAUGCUGCCCAGACAGUGUUAGGCCCUCUUUAAGACAGUCCCUUUAAUGUUGAUGAAAAACUGAGAACCACUACCAAAAUUAUGACAAACACAUCAUUGUUGUUUAAACUCAGGGGUAUUGUGAGGGAGCACUCACCACUGGAACUAGUCUCACGAAUGUUGAAUCUGUGUAUAACGUGUUUUAAAAGCGAUGACUCCCACCAAAUAAAACUUGAAUCAUUAAAUUUAACACGCUGUUCUCCUGUUCAUGUCGGGGCUGAAGCUUCACUAACUGAGCCUUCCAGCCUCUUCUUUUCAUCUGCCUUAUUUGUGUGAAUAAUAUUGGAUUGGAAAUGAAUGUUGCCCCCUUGCCAGCCAUUAUUGAAGCAUAUCAUUACUGACAGACUUUAUAGAAUCCGGAGAUAAGGCUUUCAUUUCUUUCCAUAGUCCUGAACUUAUCUCUAUGACAGUGCAGUUCUUUUGGCUUUUACAAGCAGGGCCAGGAGAUGCAGAGACGACGGGUAUUGGACUGCAUCUCCUUUUGUCCACUGAGAUGACCCAGAUGCCCACAUCUGCAUACUGUUCUCCCAUAAACUAAUUAUAUCUGAUCCUGCUUGGGGCUUUCUCUUGUCUGAUGAUCUUUUAUAUGACGUCCUCUCCUUUCUUCUCCAGGCAUCCUCCUUCCUUGGUGUUUCCUUUGCAGCUCUAUUGUUUCUUGAAUGAUCCUCCCAAAGUUUAUUUCAACCUCUUUCUACCACUAAUAGCCACUUUUACAGAGACAGAGCAUGUUAACCACUGUAAAU